CUGAUUUGAAAUUCUUUUGUUUAAAUGCAGAAUGAUAACCAACCAUUAGUACCUGUCCAUAAUUCACACGGGAUUGCUCUUUCCCAAAUCUGCCCGAACAACUUGAAUGGAAAUGUUUUGACGCCACUUGAUCUUUGUGAUACAAAUCAAACAAGCCCAGAUGUCCUGUCUCUUGGGUAUCAAGGCUCUCUUGCUGGUGGUUUACCAAUGUCAAAUCAUAGUUCUGUUUCAUCUGUGCAUCCUUCAGCUGGGCUAAAUUCAUCACUUCCAUCAUCUUCUGGUAUUGGUCUUAGCAAUAACUUAACAUCAUCUGGUCCAUUGGCAGCCCCUGCCAGGGAUAGUAGAUAUGGAGUUCACGAACUCCACCUUUAUCAGUUGACGAACAGAAGAGAAUACAACAAUAUAAUCAGAUGAUAUCUAGCAGAAACAUGCCGCAAUCUACCAUGUCUGUUCCUGGAUCUCUUUCAGGAAGUGAUCUUGGUGGUGUGCGAAUGUUGCCUGGUGGAAAUGGUAUGGGCAUGUUGGGGUGGGAUUAA